AUGGUAUUUGAGAAAUCAAUUCCUCCUCCUCCUCUUCCAAAUAUUAAAAUCCUCGAGGCAAAAGCCAAAUUAUUUUCUUUGCUUGCUUAUUGGUGGGCCAACGAUUUAAUGAGCUUAGGUUAUAAACAUCCUUUGGGAAACGAUCUAUACGUUUUGAAUGAAAUGAGAUCUGCUAAUAUUGUCAAGUCGAAUGGCAAAAAAUUUAAUGCUGUGUCUUCAAAUACUGAAUUAGUAUUGGUUUAUGCACUUCAGUCAUUACAAUUUUUAAUUGAUGUGUUAAAGAAUUUGCUUAUUAAUAUUUUCAUUGUCGAAUAA